AUGGCUUUCAGUGGUGCCCAGCCCGUUACCUACAAGAACCCAGCUGUCCCUUUUUGCGGGCGAAUUCCAGGGGGUCUACAAGAAGGAAGCAAAAUCACUGUCAAAGGGACCGUUAUUUACUCCAAUGAAAACAGGUUUCGUGUGAACUUCCAGUCUGGCGACUCCGACAACGACAUAGCCUUCCACUUUAACCCACGCUUUGAGGAUGGAGGGUAUGUGGUCUGCAACACAAUGCAGAAUGGGUGCUGGGGGCAAGAGGAGAGGAAGAUGCCAAUGCCCUUUCAGAAUGGACAUUCAUUUGAGCUGUGCUUCCUGGUGAAGAGCUCAGAGUUCCAGGUGACAGUGAACGGGAGCUGCUUCUUGCAAUACUCACACCGCGUGCCCUACCACCGUGCAGACACUCUCUGUGUCAAUGGUUGCGUGCAGCUGUCCGAGAUCAGCUUCCAGGUACAGCUGGACCUCCAGGAAUCUCUGCAGCAGCCUGGCUUUGCCACUGGGAGGGCAGGGCAGGGUGUGGUGGAGAUUGUCAGACAGGACAAGAUGCCAUUUUGGAUUUUAUCACUUGCUGCUUGGAACGCUAUCAUCCCACCUAUGGUGUACCCCAACCCAACUUACACCCUGCCUUUCUUUGCUACCAUCCCUGGAGGGCUGUACCCAUUGAAGAACCUCGUCGUGUCAGGCACCGUCCUGCCCAGGACUCAGAGUUUCUACAUCAACCUGCGCUCUGGGGGUGACAUCGUCUUCCACCUGAACCCCCGAUUCAAUGAAAAUACCAUGGUCCGAAACACCCACAUCAACAGCUGUUGAGGGUCUGAGGAGAGAAACCUGCCCCCAAAAAUGCCCUUCACCCAUGGCCAAGGCUUCCAGGUGUGGAUCGUGUGUGAAAGAGGCUGCUUGAAGGUGGCAGUGAACGGUCAGCCCCUGUGUGAAUACAAGCACCGUGUGAAUGACCUGCGGGCCAUCGACACCGUGGAAGUGGGGGGUGACAUCCAGCUGACCCAGGUGCAGACAUAG